UGUUACUGCCUCCUGCAUAUGACAUCAUUGUCUUUGCAGCCAUUCCACCAGUGAAGAAAGGAUGCUAUCAGGGUCUUUGAGACCCAACUAAAUGAUGUUGCAUUGCAGAAGCCAAGACUGGAUCUAACAGAGAAGUUAACAGGAAGUUGAGUUCAGAUGAACAUUAGGAAGCACAUCUUAAUGCGUCUGGAAGAAAACUCCAACUGUACUAAUAUGGUUAAUGCAGGAGACAUGAAUGGUUCUGGAAAUCUGAUGGAUUUUUUGGAUGAACCUUUCCCUGAUGUUGGGACGUAUGAAGACUUUCAUACCAUUGACUGGUUAAGGGAAAAAUCACGUGACACAGACAGACAUAGAAAGAUUACAAAUAAAAGCAAGGAGUCCAUAUGGGAGUUCAUCAAAAGUUUGCUGGAUGCUUGGUCAGGAUGGGUUGUAAUGCUUCUCAUAGGACUACUGGCAGGCACAUUAGCUGGAGUUAUAGAUUUAGCUGUGGACUGGAUGACAGAUCUGAAAGAAGGUGUCUGUUUAUCAGCCUUCUGGUACAGCCAUGAGCAAUGCUGCUGGCCAUCUAAUGAAACGACCUUUGAUGACAGGGACAAAUGUCCAGAAUGGCAGAAAUGGUCUGAACUUCUGGUUAACCAGUCUGAGGGUGCAAGUGCUUACAUUCUAAAUUAUUUUCUUUACAUUUUAUGGGCUUUAUUGUUUGCUUUCCUGGCUGUCUCCCUUGUCAGGGUAUUUGCUCCCUAUGCCUGCGGUUCUGGAAUUCCAGAGAUAAAGACCAUCUUGAGUGGUUUCAUUAUUAGAGGCUACCUGGGCAAAUGGACCCUCUUAAUCAAAACAGUCACUUUGGUACUUGUGGUGUCUUCAGGGCUCAGCCUUGGUAAAGAAGGACCUCUAGUGCAUGUGGCUUGUUGCUGUGGCAACUUCUUCAGCAGCCUCUUUUCAAAGUACAGUAAGAAUGAAGGAAAGAGAAGAGAGGUUCUUUCAGCUGCUGCUGCUGCUGGAGUUUCUGUUGCAUUUGGGGCACCAAUUGGUGGUGUUCUUUUUAGUCUAGAAGAGGUGAGUUAUUAUUUUCCCUUGAAGACACUAUGGAGAUCCUUUUUUGCUGCUCUUGUUGCAGCCUUCACCCUGAGAUCCAUCAAUCCAUUUGGAAACAGCCGCCUGGUCCUUUUUUAUGUGGAGUAUCACACUCCUUGGUACAUGGCUGAACUUUUCCCCUUUAUUCUGCUUGGAGUUUUUGGAGGUCUGUGGGGGACACUUUUCAUCCGAUGCAACAUUGCAUGGUGCAGAAGACGUAAAACCACGAAACUUGGGAAGUACCCAGUCCUAGAAGUCAUUGCAGUAACCGCUAUCACUGCUAUUAUUGCCUAUCCCAAUCCAUACACCCGAAGGAGUACCAGUGAGCUCAUCUCAGAACUUUUCAAUGACUGCGGAGCUCUGGAGUCCUCACAGCUCUGUGACUACAUAAAUGAUCCCAAUAUGACUAGACCUGUGGAUGAUAUUCCUGACCGACCAGCUGGUUUUGGAGUGUACACAGCUAUGUGGCAGCUUGCCCUGGCUCUUAUUUUUAAAAUCAUCAUCACAAUAUUUACCUUUGGCAUGAAGAUCCCUUCAGGUCUCUUUAUACCCAGCAUGGCUGUCGGAGCUAUAGCUGGCAGAAUUGUUGGGAUUGGAGUGGAGCAGCUGGCCUACCAUCACCAUGACUGGAUCAUCUUCAGGAACUGGUGCAGACCAGGAGCCGACUGUGUUACCCCCGGACUGUAUGCCAUGGUGGGAGCUGCAGCUUGUUUAGGUGGGGUUACUAGAAUGACAGUCUCUCUUGUGGUGAUUAUGUUUGAGCUAACAGGAGGACUAGAGUACAUUGUGCCUCUAAUGGCUGCAGCUGUGACCAGCAAAUGGGUAGCUGAUGCUUUUGGGAAAGAAGGAAUCUAUGAGGCACAUAUCCACUUAAAUGGCUAUCCAUUUCUGGAUGUGAAGGAUGAAUUUACUCACAGAACACUGGCUACUGAUGUCAUGAGGCCUAGGCGUGGAGAGCCCCCUCUCUCUGUUCUAACCCAAGACAGCAUGACUGUUGAAGAUGUGGAGACGUUAAUCAAGGAAACGGACUACAAUGGCUUUCCGGUGGUGGUUUCUAAAGACUCUGAGCGUCUUAUUGGCUUUGCACAAAGACGAGAGUUGAUUCUUGCAAUAAAGAAUGCAAGGCAGCGUCAGGAUGGGGUAGUCAGCAAUUCCAUUGUUUAUUUCACUGAAAAACCUCCAGAAAUCCCUGCAAAUAGCCCUCACCCUCUGAAGCUCCGGCGCAUUCUCAAUCUGAGCCCCUUCACAGUCACGGACCAUACACCAAUGGAAACAGUUGUAGAUAUCUUCCGAAAACUUGGACUCCGACAGUGUCUUGUCACACGCAGUGGGAAGCUUCUGGGCAUCAUAACAAAAAAGGACGUGUUAAGGCAUAUGGCUCAAAUGGCAAAUCAAGACCCUGAAUCCAUCAUGUUUAAUUAGGCUGGUACUAGAGAACAGGCUGGAAUCUAAACUUCUAAGGGACCUUUACUGGACUAAUGGAAGAGUUUUGUAUAGCACUUCAUCUUUUUUUUAAAACAAGGAGAUUUAAAUAAAGAAGCAUAUCCAUGGCAGAACCAAAGGAAAAUUAUGAGAGUUUAGAUUGAAUGCAACAUUAGAGUUAAAGCUGAGUAGAGGAGUUUGGAAACUGUUCAGUUGCAGAUAUGAAAGUGUUUCUACUGACUGAGGCCUGGCUUACACAUUAUCCCUGUCAUGCGAAUCGUCAUUCCCAUGAUCAUCACCUAUCCAGAUUCCCUUUCUUUGCUGUAUUAUUGAGCAGCACUUAUUUCAUGGUUCAGGAUCAUCAUCACAUUGAGUUAUUCAGUACAUAUCAUCAUAGAGAGAGCAAGGGAAUUUAAUAUAUGACAGAUGUGAAUCACAAGUUAAGUGCAAUGAUAUCUGGCUUCAAGGUGGGAAAUUCACCACCAGGAUGAAUCCUACAGUGAGAGUAACAUGUAGCUCCUGCGUGAGCUACGUAAUUGCAUGACUGGUACAUGCAUAAGUAUAAUACGGGUUGUGUUGACAAAGACCUGGAAGCAUGGAGGACCAUCACCAACUUGUGAGAGGGGUGGAAAAAUAGGAAGCAUAUUUAUAAAUAUAGUAUAAUGAUAAUUGGAAAGUAUUGUGUUCAAAACAACUGCAUACCAGCCAUAUUCUUUCCAUUACUUGAGUUCACACGUAUGUGUUAAUGGAUUACACUAAAGAAGAAUAACUUUCAAUAAAUAUUUUCAAGGAAUGUAUAACCUUUGUGGGGGGGAGUAUUGCUUUUGCCUAUUUUUGUAGAAGUAAAGAGACAAAGCAGAGUUAAAGCUGUGGUUUAGUUAACAGUUUUUCACUUUGCUCUCUGCUUUAUGCUACAGUACUCAGCUACUUAACUGAAAGACAAAAGCCCAGUUGUCAGAAUUAUUUGUGACAUGUUGAAAUCACAUGAUGGGACUUUUAUCUGUUAUUUUUGCAUGGAAAGCAUGCAAAAUUCUGAACUCUGACACAAUAAGAGUUGAGACUGACCACAUCCUAAGGAAUAAUCUUAAACAUUCUUGAGGGCACAUGACAUAUAGAUGUUACACCAUGGCUACAUUAGAAUGUCAACAAGGAACUUGAAAAUUGGACUUUUGUCUUUCAAGUAAGGUUUUUUCCCCUUAAUCUUAAUAAUGCACAGAAAAGGUAUUAGUAUUUAUUACUUCUCUAUGCAAAUGUUGCAUCAUAUUUGGUUCAAUGUAAUUUUAAAUUUUUACAGUAUAAAAUAAUGUUAACCAUGUUUUCUUUAUGAUAAAUGCACUGCUGCAGUUUCUAGUUCAUUUCCCAUUCCACCAGUUUGAAAUUGUUUGCACUUGCUUGGAGGCUGUGACAGAAGACAACUGUGAUGUUUAUUUUACAGCUGAGUCAAUCUUUACACUGCUUGUACUGGACACGUUAGUUGUGUAGCAAGUCCUGUAUUUCCGUGAAAAGGAGGCAAAGUUUUACUUGCGACUUUUAUUCCUGGUUCUUUUUUGUCUUACCUCUCCUAUCUUGUCAUUUGCUACUAGAAGAAUGAGAGUCAGAAGAAAGCCAAAACAGAACUCCACAUACAUUGGAAAGUAGAGAUACUAGCUAGCAGACAGCCUUGCAAAUUAGUGUAGGAUAUUACUUGGAGUUAAACCAGCUGUAUUCCCAUUAACAUGAGUGGUUUGUGGAUCAGCUUGCUGCCCAGCACAUUUAUAUGCUGCCUUUGGGGGGUAUGUUGGGCUGUGCCAAACUCUUGCCCUUCCACAGUAUCCUUGAUCUUGAGCUACCUGUCAAAGUAGGUUGGAUAUUAUGCUGCUUAUGACAGCAUGGCAGUAGAAUUUAGAAGGCACAUCAGUCAAUGAAUGAUGGCACAUUUUCAGUCAUGGAGGAGGCUAUGCUCUGGAAGCAGUAAACUGCCUGGGCAACCCCAGUGCAUCUGUUUUGCUACGCUGUACCCUUUGCAUAUGACAAAGCUGUCAAAAAGCCAAACGGAUCCUUCUGCAAAGCACAUGGCCUGAAUAAUAACCAACAGCAUCACAGAUCCAGACAGUUUGAGCAUAGGAAGUAGAAGCCCUAUGCUAAUGUUAAUCUGACAAUAAUUUUAUCUCAAAAUGUAAUGUAGCAGUGAAUUUUUAUUGUAAUAGUUAAGGUGGUGCUGAUGUGUGAGACCCUGGAAAAAUGCUUAUUUUUCUAUCCCAGGAUUAUAUUACAAAAGCACCACAAAACUAUUUUUUAAAAAGCAUUAGAGAUUUCGGGUUUUAUAUAUUGUUAUACUUUAGUAACAUCCUCCAAGUUGAAAGCAAUAACUUAGCUUUUUUCUUGGGAAAUUAUGCUGGGAAAUUGUUGAAAUAGCUACCUUCCUCUUUUCAUAUCCCUCCUCGUGGAGAAUCCAGACUUGUUGAAAUGCCCAGCCUUGACCAUACAUUUGUACCUUUGCAUUCUGAGCAUGCAAGGAACUGUUCACUAAUAUUUCUAGUUGCUAGUUCAUACAUGCAGGUGCCUGCAUACAUUCAUUAGACAUACUUGAAUAUUUUGGAACACACUCAUUUAUACAAGGUUGUAUGUUUAUGUAGUUCUACAUCUAAAUUAGUAUACAUCAUGGUCUGUUGCAAUUGUCCCACAUUAAACUAGACAGUGUAAUGUAACUCCUAUUUUGAGUAUAUUUUUGCUUCAAUAUCUUAAAAAGAGAAUACUGAUUAAUGACACUCUAAUUUGGAGAACUUGCACUUUAUAUCCCAGAAAUAUAAAUCUACUGUUCCUCAAAUCCAUGGAGCACAAUUAUCAAAAUUACAUUUGGAACGUAUAUGUAAUUCACUUUCUACUCUGGUGAGGAAGAAAUUCAAUCUCUUUAAAAUGUAUUUAAAGCAGUUUUCAUUUGCCAUCUUCAAAUUCCUGGAUAGUUCAUAUUACUUCUUGCAAUCUUUCUUGUAUCUGCAAACACCAACAUAAAUGAGUCUUUAUGAAUAUUUGAAAUUCACUGCAUUUUCCAGUUUUGACAUUAAGAUUUGAGAAUUUUUGAUGUCCUUUUUCCUUCUUCAGAAGUUAUAUUUGAACGCUUGAAACUUUUUUGGCAUAUCUUAACUAUUUUGAUUUUGGCCGAUUCAAAUAUGAUACAAGCUGUCAAGGAUAAUUAUUGCAUAUUAUAAAAUGCUGUCAGAUAAAAAUGCUACCACAUUCAAAUUCUCUCAUACAUUAAAUAUUACUUGGUACCAGUAAUCAAAUGCAAUCAAAUAUGAUAUACCAAGUGGUUUUCAAUCUGUUUCUUAAGGAACUUGGGGUUCUUUGGAAGCAGAUUGUUGAGAAGAUCAGUACUGACAGACAAAAUUUCCUUAAAGACAACUUGGCAGCUGCUACUGAUCUUUUACAACACACAAACAUAGAGGGUUGUUGGAUGUGUUUGACGAUCCAUUCUCAGUUCACAAUGUGUGAUGGUGAAAGUACUUCAAUAUUUAUUUAUUGUUUGUUUGUUUAUCAUAUUUAUAUACCGCCCGAUAUGUGUAUUUCUAGGCAGUGCACAUAAUUUAAAACACAACAAAUAUAAACAGUAAAAACAAAACAAUUUCACAGGUUAAAAUUUAAGUUUGAAAUCAAUUUUAAUAAAAAGCCCAAGAAAACAGUUGUUUUAAGAAAUCAGUUUUCUGAUUUUAAGAAAUCAGAAAUCAGUUUUAAAACAGUUGUUUUAAGGAUCUCUUAAAAAGUAAUUGAGAUGAAGAAGCUCUUAUUUUGACAGAAAGUGCAUUCUGAAGCCUGUGGCAGCCACUGAGAAGGUCUGGUCCUGAGUUGCCUCCAAAUGAGCCAGAAAUGGGUGUAGCCAAAUCUGAUAAAAAGCUCUCCUGCCUCAAACCAAGAAACCAGAGAGAGUUUGGGAUCCAGGAGCACUUCCAAGGUACAUACUUGUUAUUAUGUGGAGUGUAACCCUUUUCAGAACAGGCAGAUCUAAACCAUCUCUCAGGUCCUGACCCCACACAAUCAGUACCCCCAUCUUGUUUGGAUUCAAAUUCAGUUUGUUAUCCAGCCUAUUACCACCUGCAAGCAAGCAUUUAGGGACGUUAUGCCAUUUCCUGAUGAGGUGAAUAAGGAGAAAUAGAUCUGGGUGUCAUCUGCAUAUUAUUAACACCCUGCACCAAACCUCAUGAUGAUCUCUUCCAGCAAUUUCAUGCUGAUAUUAAAGAGCAUUGGAGACAGUAUGGAGCCUUGUGGGACUCCAUACAGUAAUUCUGUUGCUCUUUAGAGAGCAUCAAGCUCCAAGCAACAUAAUCUGGAAUCUACAGGAUAGGUAGGAACGGAACCACUGUAAAGCAAUGCUACCCAAUCCCACCUCCCUUGGGCGACCCAGAAGGAUACCAUGGUCAAUGGUAUCGAAAGCCACCAAGAGAUCCAAAAGGAUCAGCAGAGUUACACUUGGUCAAUACCUAGUUGGAUAUCGCCCAUCAGGCUGACCAAGGCAGUCUCAACCCCACAACCAGCUCGAAAGCCAGUUUGAAUUGGGCACUAGAUAACCUAUAUCAUCCAAAACUGCCUGCAGCUGAGAGGCCACCACACACUCAAUCACUUUGCCCAACAAUGGAAGACUGGAAACAGGUCUGAGGUUAGCUAACUGACAGAUCCAUUGCAGGUUUCUUCAAGUAAGUUAUAAUAAUGUGCCCUUGGAAGUUAUGCAACAUGCUGAGAUGCAUGUAGCAGAUGCUUGGGGUACCUUGUCAAACAUGUCAAUAAGGAAAAUGUUCCCCCCCAAUUUUAAAAAUAUUGUAAUAUACCAUUCCAUAUUGGUUAACAAUAUUCCCCAAUGCUAUAUACCAGGGAUUCUCAAUGUGUGGGUCCCCAGAUGUAAGUGGACUUCAACUCCCAUAAUUCCCAACCAAAGGCCACUGGGGCUGGGGAUUAUGGGAGUUGAAGUCCAAUUACAUCUGGGGACCCACACGCUGAGAAACCCUGCUAUAUACCAUUGACUCUACUACAGAAAAUUUAGGGAUGUGCAUGAAAUGCUUCAUCCAUAUCCCAGGAGGUGGGGAGGGGUACCUUUAAAAGGAGGCAGGGAAGUCCUACCUGCUCCUCUGGUGAACCACAGCUGCCCAUCGCAGCACUGUCGUUCUUGAAAUCUAACUUGAAAGCAGCCGCUGCACUGCUGUCCCCUUUAAACUGCGGAUGCAUGCGCCUAUGCAAUUUGCGUGGUCAGCAACAGCAUGCUGGCCACCCAAAUGGCGUUCGUGCAUGCAUCAACACCAUUUGCGUAACGAUGCUGCACAAGGGUUGCUGGGAGCAGCAUCCCAUCGGUGGGGCACGGCAGUUAAAAGGGGACAGCAAUGCUGCUUCUGCUUCCAAGUUAGAUCGAGAGAAUGACAGCGCCGUGAUGGGGCAGCGGUGGCUUACCGGAGGAGCAGGGAGGACCUGCCUGCCUCCUUUUAAAGUACCCCUCGCCCUGCACUGAAACUUUUUGGCUGUUGGAGACUGCAUCGGUUCAGCACCUUUCCAAAGAGGUGCUGAAAGGAUCCUAACACAUCCCUACAGAAAAUGUUCAACUCAACCUAGAAAAAAAAAAUAUCCAAAGAAUCUUGUGCACAAAAUUUGUUUCAGCUCUAGAACACAGGUAAAAGUAAUGUAUGGGUAAUUCAUAUAUAUAACUUACUUAUAGAUAAUUGAAAGCAUUUUGGGGGAGUCCUCAUUUCAUUGGUCUGCGUUCUGUAAAUAAAAUCUAACGCAUUAGUAAUUCACACUGGAUAUAAUCCACAAUGUUGUCGGGUCUAAGGGUUAUCAUUUUUUGGAACAUGACUUUUAUAGGCAAAUAUGUAAAGCCUCUGAGCAAAGUGGAACUUUGGCCUAUACUUCACUACAUUUGUUUUUAUAUGCAGACAUAAGAAUGACUGCAAACUCACCCUAAAGAUUUUUCAACACUAGGCAAACAAUUCAAUAAAAUAUUUACAGGCUAAGAGAAUUAAUUUGUGCAAGCUCUUUCCACAGAUACCAGACAGUGCUUUUAAGUUCAUAUAUCAUCCUACGAUAGACCUCAAGUAUUAUUGGAAGAACUCCAGAAGAUAUAGAUAAAACCCCAAUUCAUUUAAUUGAUUCUGAAGAACCAAAAGGUAUUUUUAUUUGAACAUGGUUGACUAAAGAAUAAGGCUAGUCAGAUAAAUGUGUGGUGUUUUUUUUUUUGCCAAUGCUGUACUUCAAAUGAUUUGCAACCUAUUGAAAUGAGAUGAUAUCAGACCAAAUGGGUGAAUAAACAUUUGAUAAUUACUGAUGAAAAUUCAGUAUGUAAUUUGUGUUAAGCGUAUAUUUUGGCUAGAUCUAACUGACAAAGCAUAAGAUUUCCAUUCCAGUGGCAGACUAGUAAACGUAGCUCAUCUUAUGGAUGAGUUAAUACCCAAACUUAUUUACUGGAAUAAUGUAAUGGUAAAAAUAAUAGGCUUUCAUCCCCUCCAUACAGCAUAGCAGACCCAAGUUCUGUCCUCAGCAUUUGUUCACAGACCUUUAUGGGGAAUGGGUGACCUGUGUGCACAUUCCAUUUUCUCUUCCCCUUUCACUUAAUGAAGGAACUUUGCUUGGUCACACACUCCAAGCCAAGUACUGUAUUGGGAUAUGGUACGUGCACACAGGUGUCCUAUUUCUUGUAAUGGCUUCGCGUGAUGCCUGUACUUGGCUAUUUAUGUGUUGCUGGAGACAGUUAUGUUGCUUUCUUAUGGAAUAUUAUUUUUAUUUUUGAAAAUAAAAGUGUAUUCUAGGCUA